AUGGCGACCAAAGUCUAUAUUGUGUACUACUCUAUGUAUGGGCAUGUUGAGAAGCUUGCAGAGGAGAUAAAAAAAGGUGCCUCAUCCGUCGUAGGAGUAGAAGCUAAACUGUGGCAGGUAGCUGAAACUCUUCCAGAAGAAGUACUUACAAAGAUGGGUGCACCCGCAAAGAGUGAUGUGCCCAUUAUUAAACCAAAUGAACUUGUGGAUGCCGAUGGGAUUAUUUUCGGAUUCCCUACUAGGUUUGGGAUGAUGGCUGCACAGUUCAAAGCAUUCCUUGAUGCCACCGGAGGGUUGUGGAGAACCCAACAGCUUGCUGGAAAACCUGCAGGGAUCUUCUUUAGCACUGGUACACAGGGUGGUGGACAAGAGACCACUGCUUUGACAGCUGUAACUCAGUUGACCCACCAUGGAAUGAUAUUUGUGCCGAUUGGGUACACUUUUGGGGCUGGAAUGUUUGAGAUGGAGAACGUGAAGGGCGGCAGCCCCUAUGGGGCCGGCACAUUCGCAGGAGACGGUUCGAGAUUGCCAUCCGAACUCGAGCUACAGCAGGCGUUCCAUCAGGGCCAGUACUUCGCGACAAUCACAAAGAAGUUCAAGGGAUCUGCUUGAUCUACUUGAAAACCUGCAUAGCAGAAUCAUACUACAUUCCAAUGCCGUUAAAUAAAAAUUACCGGUUUCUGUAGUUUCGAAUUGUGUUCUAGUAUUUGUUGUCUUUGUUGAAUUUUUGGUUCUAGUCGGGUUUGCUUUUUCAUGUUUUGGUAAAAUAUAUGUCGGUUGGUAAUAAAGUUCGAUUGUAUGUUAAAUUGUUUAUGUGAUGUGAACUUGUCAA